CCACCACCGGUCACUCCUCUCUCCCUCCAUCUCACAAACAAACCACCAACACAAACAACCACCAGCACCAUUACCACAACGCUCAGUCCAAAAUGUCCACCACCCCGUCCCCAUCCCGCUCCAGCCCUCCUCCACCCGACGCUCCCACAGCAGCAGCAGGGAUUCCCGACUCCGAGCACCUCCCCAACGACCUCCCCCUCACCCUCGCCUCCUCCAUGAUCCUGACCUCGUUACCUCGGGACGCGGCCUCAGCGCUGCGCGCCGCCGGCGAGUUUCCCAGCCCCAAGAUCACGGUGCGGUUCGUGGCCAUCGGGAGCGCGCCCGCGCUGCGCCAGAAGGUGUGUCGCAUUAGUAGCGCGCAGCGCUUCGAGCAGGUCGUGAGUUAUCUGCGUCGGACUCUGAGGCUGGGUGGUAGGGAUAGCGUGUUCUUGUAUGUGAACUCGAGCUUUGCGCCGGCGCUCGAUGAGGUGGUGGGGAAUUUGCAUAGGUGCUUCAAGGAUUCGAAUGAUCAGCUUAUUGUCAGUUAUUCGAUGACUCCGGCUUUUGGAUGAAAGGGGCACAGGAAAUAUAUCUGCGCGGGAAAGAUCUCGUAUUGCUACUCUCUCUAUGGCUCAGUUGCUCUUCCGAACGGAAUAUAAUCCAGG